AGUAGUGUCCUCUCCAAGGUUGCAGUGAAGUUUAAAACUAUGCCUUGCUGAUAAACUUUUAUCUGGACUUUUCUCAAUAAUUGGACUGGUAAAGUGGAGCCAAUGUGUGAAAGACCAAUAAAGUCUUGGUCUUGGUCCUGGUCGCCUGGUUCUGUCUUUUGACGAAGUUCUCCGUUUGCUUGUGGAAUGAUAAUGAAGAUAGGAAAAGAAGAGAGCUGAACUUUGGAACCCAAGAUGACUGUUAUGCUGAUGAAUUGAGCCUCUAGAAUGUGGUUAAGUUGAGCUACUUGGAAAUUAAUCAUCGAAGUUUUCUUCGCCAGACUUACAGAAAGUAAGAAACCAGAGGGAAGAGUAUGGUUUACAUCAUCCCUCGCAAGUUCAAGAAGUUUUAUGAUACAUGGAAUGUCCAAACCUUUAUUCUGUUUAGCCUUACACUACAGACCAUUCUAAUUCUGUGUGCACCGUCAAGAAAGCGAACAGGAAAUGUAAUAGUAAUCUGGUUGAUCUGGUCAGCUUACUUGCUUGCCGACUGGGCUGCUAACUUUGCAGUUGGACUUAUUUCCAACAGGCAAGAUGACACUUUCGGCAAAGCUGGAGUCCCUGCUGAUCGUUAUGACAUUCUGGCAUUUUGGGCUCCCUUUCUUUUGUUACACCUUGGAGGUCCAGAUACCAUAACUGCUUUUGCUCUGGAGGAUAAUGCCCUCUGGCUGAGGCACUUUGUUGGGCUUGCAACUCAGGUUGCUGCUGCUUUUAUUGUCUUUGGGCAAUCACUUCCCACAAACAAACUAUGGGUUCCUACUGUCCUCCUGUUUAUUGCUGGAACCAUUAAGUAUGGUGAGAGAACACGUGCUUUGUAUCUUGCAAACCUGAAUAAAUUCCGUGAGUCGAUGCUUAAACCACCUGACCCGGGGCCUAACUAUGCAAAGCUCAUGGAGGAAUAUGCUUCAAAGAAAGAUGCCAAACUUCCAACUCAUAUGGAAAUGAUUGGAGAACCCAAUAAAGAAUCAAAGGCUGCACUUUUUGCUGAAGAUGUAGGUGACCUGACGGAUGACGUUGUGGUUGUGGGGCAUGCUUAUCGCUUCUUUAACAUCUUCAAGGGUCUCAUCGUGGAUCUCAUCUUCAGCUUCCGUGAGCGCCAUGACAGCCGUCUAUUUUUCCAGAAAAGAGAAUCAGAAGAUGCAUUUAAAGUAAUAGCAGUUGAACUCAACUUCAUCUAUGAAGUUCUCUAUACUAAGGUUGUUGUAGUGCAUUCAAUUUUAGGAUGCGUAGUCCGAUUUAUAUCCUGGAGCGUGGUUGUGGCAGCCCUUUUGACCUUCUAUUCAAUUGAUAAGAAAGGCUUUCAUAAGAUCGAUGUUAGAAUUACCUAUACCCUGCUGUUUGGUGCUAUAGGCUUGGAUACAGUUGCUCUCUUUAUGCUUAUUUUCUCUGAUUGGACUGUUGCUAGUGUCAAGAAGUCUAUGGAAAUUAGCUUCAUACGCCCUAUUGCCAAAUUCGUUUGCAUUCCCCUCAGGUACUAUCUAUCUUUUAAGAGGAUAAACUGGCCUCCUCAAGAGCCUCAACAGAGUUCAAGGACUCCAGAGUCAAUAAAUUGCUUAGAGCGGGUUAGAAGAAUCCUAUUCAAGAGGUGGUCUGAAUAUCUCUAUACAUACGACUUCAUAGAAUAUUGCCUGAAAGAACGUCCAAAAACCACGUCCCUUAAUGUCUUUGAUUACUUGUGGUGUUUUUUGAUUUGUGUCAUUGAAGCUUUUGGCCUUAAGGAUUUCUAUGAUAGGAUGAGAUAUGUGUCGAAGAAGCCAUGUACCAAAGAGCUAUGGAAUUUCAUCUUUGAACAGCUGAAAGAGAAAUCCAAGCUCGCAGAUGAUCCUGAAACUGCCAAGAGGAUAUGUGCAGCUAGAGGUGAUUGGAUUCUUCAGGAUAGUGAAUGGAAUAGUGGUAGCACUAAAUUAAUGUCUUAUGUUGUUGAUUUUGAUUAUGAUCAGAGCCUUAUGUCGUGGCAUAUUGCUACUGAACUCUGCUAUACAAGGGACACAAACAACCCUCCCGAUGGUAGCCGUGAAAUCUCUAAGACCCUCUCGGAUUACAUGUUAUAUCUUCUUGUCAUGCAACCUACUAUGAUGUCUGCUGUGGCAGGUAUUGGACAAAUUAGAUUCCGAGAUACCUGUGCGGAGGCCAAAAAGUUCUUUAGCAGUAGGGACCUAAAAGAUAAAGGAACAAAAGAGGAACAUAAAGAGGCUGCCUGUGAAAGACUCCUUGGUAUAAAUACAGAUGUUCCACCUGUAGCUGUGAAGGGAGAUAGAAGCAAAUCUGUCUUGUUUGAUGCAUGUAUUCUGGCCAAAGAGCUGGAAAAUUUGUACAAAGAUAAACCCGAAAAUAAAUGGAAGCUAAUGAGUGAAGUGUGGGUGGAAUUGCUGUCAUAUGCAGCAGGUCAUUGCCGGGCCAAUACUCAUGCUGCUCAACUUAGUAAAGGAGGUGAGCUUAUCACUUUUGUCUGGUUAUUGAUGGCGCAUCUUGGCAUUGGGGAGCAGUUUCAAAUAAAUGAGGGCCAUGCAAGGGCAAAACUGAUUGUGGGAAAGUAAACCGAAUAAAUUGGUGAAUUCAAUGUUUGUAGGAAUGAAACUUUCUAUGUAGAACUCUGUUCUUUUUUCAAUAUGGGGGAUGAGCAUUAGAUUUUAUUUUACUUUUGUUUACUUCCUAGGAAUGGAGAUGUUUGUAAUGUUGUAUUAAAGCACUAGUACUUCUUGUGUUCUUGCUGCUAAAUUUAUUUCAAGAAUGCUUCUCAUCAUUGUCAUGAA